AUGGGAGGCGUGCGCUGGGCGUUCCAGUGUGGCUCGUGGACCCCGACCCGGCCUGAGUGGCUGCAGUGCGACGAGAAAGACCGAAUCGGAAAGUUAAUGUUUGCCAAAUCAGCCAUGGUGCGUUGAAUGUGUUAUUCCGAUAAUCCUUCUUUCUUCUAUGGUAUAAUGCCGUUCGCAACAAUUGGAUGUGCAUUCUGCCACCUACUGUGCGGGUGGAUAAUAAGGAUCCCAAAAAAACGUAAUAAGGUAAUAAUGUGGGUUAAAAAAAAAAUAUAUAUAUAUAUAUAUCAUACAAACUGUCUUAAUUAACUAAACAAAAUCAACCUGCUUUGGUGUAAAACACAAAUUCUAAUCAGGUCCCUACACAGGCUCAGAAGACAUUUCCAAGGUACAAUAGUCCUUGCAGUGCUUCUGCCAUAAAGUCUUGGAGCCCCAAAAACUUUGCGGCUGUAGAUAUGACAUCCAGCUUCUUGGACUUCUUAGACACGUGCUGUACAAUGAAUCACUGUGGUUAUAAAUGCCACAAAAUCCACCUUCUUCACAAUGUGUAUCCAGAUGACUUGAUUGACUUAAAACACUAGCAACUGGUUGCAAUGCAUCCACCGCCAUAUCUUCAACACUGUCGCCUCUUGCCCCUAAGACUAUCUUCACCGCCUCCACGUAGGAAAUCCGCUGCACAGCCCUGAUCCUUGACACUUCGGCCUCCUUCACCCUAACAGGGCACUCAAGGAAGAGUAUGAUCACCACCACAGUUGCAACAUUUUCCAUACACAGAUUCUUCAAUACCAUACUUCUCUCGUCUACAAACAUUUGACACGUGACCAUAUCCUUUACAAUUCCCACACUGUUAUGGUUUGGACACAAAUGCUCUCACCGCAUACCUCACAUAUCCAAACUUCACAUAUUCAGGUAGUCUCCUCAAACAGCAACAAUAUUGAUAGGCUUUUUUCCUUCCUCCCAUUUACUAUACAGGUCAGGUAAUAUGCCCUGACCACUCCUGGGAUUUUCUGACUAAGGUACUCGUCAUCUAUAUCCAACGAGACUCCAGCUAUAACUCCUUUGGCAGGCACCCUGCUCCGAAGAUCAAUACAUGUUACUUCUGACGUGGCCAAUUUUGCCACAUCCAGUGCACGCUUCUUCUGUUCUUCAUCGACACAAUUAACCAAAACAAUGCUGCUUCUAGUCACCUUUAUUGAAUCCACCUUUCCCACUGCUUUCUUCACAGUCCUCAAUAUUACAAAUGGAUUUCCCAAAUGAAUCUCCUUGUCCAAAAAAUGCAGUCCAAUGAGAAAUUAUUGGACCGGUCCUUGUCUUCCUCUACAACCUUCACUCAUUUUGUUCCGUUAUUUGAUUUCACUGUUUUCCGUUCAUUAUCACACCCUUCACUUGCCACACUUUCAGAUUCAAGCACAGUCACCAUUUCCUCCCACGAGCACUCCGCCGCCCCCCCCCCCCCCCCCCCUCUUUUGAUGAUCAAAUAACAAUUUCCAUGUUCUAGCUUUUUGUCACGUCCCAGCAGUUAUUGACGCUCUCUCCUUUUUCCCUUCUCGCUCAGGCUGGCAGGUUGGUGUUGAGGAGGUUGGUGUGUGACAGGAUGGGUGUUCCCUGGGCUGACAUUGGCCUGGAGCGUUCUCCCAGAGGAAAGCCCUACCUGGCCAACCCAGCCUGCUCCAGCCCUGAAGCCGGGGUCUGGAGUUCUAACACCUCCCACCAGGGUGACUGUGAUGUGCUGGCUGCAGAGCACGUGCUGCAGGUCGGGGUGGACGUGAUGAAGACCACCAUGCCAGGUGUAUGUGUGUCUGCAUGUUCAUGCACACUGGCUUUCUUUAGCGCUUUGAUGUUUGAUUAAAUAAGCAGCAUUGAGAAGCGCUCAUUUGGACAGUAAACUAUCUUACUUCAUCCUGAGUGAAACUUUCUCUCUCCCCUUUUCCUGUUUUGUGUGUGUGAGAGAGAGAAGUAACCCUUCUAUCCCGUAUAACUCCCCUGCUUGAGUCUCUCUAUUUCACCAUUCCCACCACAUAUCUCAUUUGGCGUCCACCUCUCCAUGCCUUCAGGACGCUAAUGUACUAACCCAGUCCUGUCAUCACCAAAUCCCCUUCAACUAGGCCUAGACCUCUUCAUCUGAAAAGGUUGAGCGCUCUACGUACCCUCAUUCCCUGGAGGAAAACCUUAAAACACGCACUUAACUCCCACAUUGCCCCCCAGGGAGAAUAACUAGCUAGGCCCUUUAAACCUUAUAGAUGGGCUGUCAUUCACAAAUCCCUAUAUCCAUUUUACAAAGACAUCAAAAGGAUUUCUUCCAAGUGUCAUGCAGUUCCUUUUUUCACCACAUGAUGCCACUGUUAUCUUUCAUAUUCUCUGAGCGGUUUGGCAGUGCUCUAUUACAGGGAUCUCUUUCCGUUCCCUCUGUGUGCUUAAAGAUGGUUGGAAGAGACAAAGUGAUGAUCCGAAACAAAGUAGGAGUGUCUGUGUGUUGCUUUUCUCUCCAUUUCAUUUCAACCUCUCCCCCCUCAACUGUUUUCUUACUGUCAGAGCUCAAACCCUCAGGUUUGUGUGUGUAUUUAAUUAUAAACCUGUGUUUCCCUGUACCCCCCUCUCUCUCCCUCCCUCCCUCUCGCUCUAGGUAGCAGUUCUGUCCCAGAGUUUUUCCAUAUCAUGACGAGGCAGUUCACGGUGUAUGAGUGGAGUGUUAUCCGCUGA